AGCCCAAACGAGAGCCUAAACGAUGACUGCCCCAGCGCUGCUGCCCCUGUCUGGACGUAGGAUACCGCCUCUGAGCCUGGGGCCGCCCUCCUUCCCGCAUCACAGGGCUACCUUGAGACUUUCUGAGAAGUUUAUCCUUCUCCUCAUUCUUAGUGCCUUCAUCACCCUGUGUUUUGGGGCAUUCUUCUUUCUUCCAGACUCUUCGAAACACAAACGCUUUGAUCUGGGUUUAGAAGAUGUGUUGAUUCCGCAUGUAGAUGCGGGCAAAGGGGCGAAAAACCCUGGAGUCUUCUUGAUCCAUGGACCGGAUGAACACAGACACAGGGAAGAAGAAGAACGUCUACGAAAUAAAAUUCGAGCUGAUCAUGAAAAGGCUCUGGAAGAAGCAAAAGAAAAAUUACGAAAGUCAAGAGAAGAAAUUCGUGCAGAAAUUCAGACAGAGAAAAAUAAGGUAGUCCAAGAAAUGAAGACAAAAGAGAACAAGCCACUGCCUCCAGUUGCUGUUCCAAACCUUGUAGGAAUCAGUGGUGGAGACCCUGAAGAUACUGAGAUAAAAAAGAAAAGGGACAAAAUUAAAGAGAUGAUGAAACAUGCCUGGGAUAAUUACAGAACAUACGGAUGGGGGCAUAAUGAACUCAGACCUAUUGCAAAGAAAGGACACUCCACUAACAUAUUUGGGAGCUCACUGAUGGGUGCCACCAUAGUAGAUGCUCUGGAUACCCUUUACAUCAUGGGCCUCCACGAUGAAUUCCUUGAUGGGCAGAGGUGGAUCGAGGACAACCUGGACUUCAGUGUGAAUUCAGAGGUGUCUGUGUUUGAAGUUAACAUUCGAUUCAUUGGAGGACUGCUUGCAGCGUAUUACCUUUCAGGAGAAGAGGUGAGAAAAAUGAAGUCUGGAGUUGGUCGGAACUGGGGCUGGGCAUCUGCAGGCAGCAGCAUUCUGGCUGAAUUUGGGACGCUGCAUAUGGAGUUUGUGCACCUCAGCUACCUGACGGGGGACCUGGUUUACUACAAAAAGGUCAUGCAUAUUCGGAAACUACUUCAGAAAAUGGAUCGUCCAAAUGGUCUUUAUCCAAAUUAUUUGAACCCAAGAACUGGGCGCUGGGGUCAGUAUCACACAUCAGUUGGUGGUUUAGGAGACAGUUUUUAUGAAUAUUUACUGAAAGCCUGGUUGAUGUCAGAUAAAACAGACCAUGAGGCAAGAAGGAUGUAUGAUGAUGCUAUUGAGGCUAUAGAAAAACAUCUUGUUAAGAAAUCUCGAGGGGGCCUUGUCUUCAUUGGAGAGUGGAAGAAUGGGCAUUUGGAAAAGAAGAUGGGGCAUUUGGCCUGUUUUGCUGGGGGAAUGUUUGCACUAGGAGCGGACGGUUCCAGAAAGGAUAAAGCUGGGCAUUAUUUAGAGCUAGGUGCAGAGAUUGCACGUACGUGCCACGAAUCAUAUGACAGGACCGCAUUAAAACUAGGUCCUGAGUCCUUCAAGUUUGAUGGUGCAGUAGAAGCUGUAGCUGUCCGGCAGGCUGAGAAAUACUACAUCCUCCGUCCAGAAGUAAUUGAAACCUACUGGUACCUGUGGCGUUUCACUCAUGAUCCAAGAUACAGGCAGUGGGGAUGGGAAGCAGCCCUGGCUAUUGAAAAAUAUUGCCGAGUCAGUGGUGGUUUUUCUGGGGUCAAAGAUGUGUAUUCCUCCACUCCUACACAUGAUGAUGUACAACAGAGCUUCUUUCUUGCUGAAACGUUAAAAUACCUGUACCUGCUGUUCUCUGGUGAUGACCUUUUACCCUUAGACCACUGGGUGUUUAACACAGAGGCUCACCCUCUGCCUGUGUUACAUUUAGCCAACACAACACUUUCAGGUAAUCCUGCUGUUCGAUGAAAGCAUCUCUAGAAGGACCGUUAUUACCUGUGUUUUGUUUACAUGGACUACUACAGAAACUAGUCUGGAGAGGAGUCUUUGCAAACCUGGACCUCGAAGUCAACAUGACAGGGUGAAACUCUUCCCCACAAGACUUUUCACCAUGUAAAUAUGCCAACUUUGAAAAUAUUCCAUUUUAUACCUGACCAAAACAUGUCCUGGUACGUAUAGGACAGAGACCUGGUAUAUUUUGAUUUGUAAUGAAAUG